AUGGCUAAGUUUGAAGAAACAGUAACAUUUCAUCGCUCAAAAUCUUCAGACUCGCAUCGAGCCAUUGUGUUCAUCCAUGGAGGAGCUUGGAUAGAUCCCUCCAACACGCCUCACGAUUUCGAUAAGCUAGCUGAAGAUUUGACUACUUCAUCUGGCCAUUGUCAACCAAAGUUUUCCAUAUACGCUAUUGAAUACAGGCUAUCGCCUGAAGUAAAGCACCCAACUCAUUUGUUGGAUGUGCUCCAGAAUUUAGCUCAAUUAGUACAAGAAGAACAAAUCGAUGAGUUGAACUUGCUUGGUCAUUCCGUUGGUGCAACACUGAUAUGGCAAUUACUGACAUGUAAUGCGACUUUCCAUUCUGCGCUGGAGCUCGUCAGAUCAAAGAUCAAGCGAUGCUACUUAGCUGAUGGGAUCUUCUCGCUUUCGGAGUUGUUGCAAGAAUAUCCAACUUAUGAUUACUUCGUGUCACAGGCCUACAGUGCAGUUGAAGAUUAUGAAGAUCCGACUGAUGCAACGCUUUACGUUCCUAAAAGCACUCAAAUUCACAUUGUUCACUCCUACUCCGAUGAGCUGCUUUCAAUGCGUCAAAGUAACUUCCUUUGCGGAAUACUUCAAGCUCGCCAGCAACGUCAUUGCACGUACUGGGAUGAUCUUGGAAAACACAACGACGUGUACAGAAGUGCGAAACUGGCAGAGUAUAUUACUUACACUAUGAUGUAUUGA